AUAUUUUUUCCGACAUCUGCCACUCAGCACCGUUCGUUUUUCAUAACUUUCCCAAAUUAAAAAACGCAUUGUUUAAUUUCCUUAAUUUCUGAAUUCGUAGCUAUCUCCAAUUGUCAUCUCCAAUGCUAUCGCUGCUGGGUGUCAUUGUUUUUCCACUGCUGUUACUUCUUCCUUAUGUAGUCUUGUCUCACUUCAUUGUUGAAACUCUACCAGGCUUCAAUGGAAAACUUCCUUUCAAACUCGAAACUGGUUAUGUAGGUGUUGGAGAAGAGGAAAAAGUGCAGCUAUAUUACUACUUCGUUGAGUCAGAAAGAGACCCAGAAAAUGACCCUCUCAUGCUUUGGCUCACCGGAGGUCCUGGUUGCUCCGGCCUCUCUUCCUUUGUCUAUGAGAUCGGCCCUUUAAUGUUUGAUUAUGCAAAUUCUAGUGGAGAUUUCCCGAAAUUGGAGUUGAACUCAAAUUCUUGGACCAAGGUGGCAAACAUAAUAUUUAUAGAUCAACCUGCUGGCUCAGGAUACUCCUAUGCAAGGACUUCGGAAGCUUACAACUGCAACGAUACUCUGGCUGUAACUCUAACUUAUGAGUUCCUUAGAAAGUGGCUUAUGGAUCAUCCCGAGUAUCUCAAGAAUCCACUAUAUGUUGGUGGUGAUUCCUACUCAGGCAUUUUUGUCGCACUGCUUACUCGCAGAAUAUACAAUGGUAUUGAAGUUGGUGAGAAGCCUCGGGUGAAUAUCAAAGGAUAUAUACAAGGCAACGCUCUAACAGAUCAUUACAUCGACUUUAAUGGUAGAGUCAUAUAUGCUCAUCGUAUGGGACUUAUUUCAGAUAAAAUCUAUCAGUCCACUAAAGCAAAUUGUAAUGGAAACUACGCGGAGGUCGACCCGAAUAAUGUAGCAUGUCUAAAUGAUCUUCAGAGAGUAGAUAGGUGUCUCAAGAACAUACGCCGGGCACAUAUUUUAGAACCUUGGUGUGACCUGCCAUUUUUAACGAGCAUUCUCCAAGAAAAUCCUACAAAUGCCCCGUCGCUGUUCCCAAUUGAAGGACCAUGGUGUCGAGAAAAAAAUUACAUAUACUCUUACGUUUGGGCAAACGAUAAAGCUGUCCAGAAAGCACUAAAAGUUCGUGAGGUAUGCAAUUACGCUUUCUUAUUCCCACUCUCCUUAUCCAAUCCCCCCNAACAUUGUUUAUGUAGAUACAAGGUGAAGUAUUCACAAAAUGAUUAUGAGCUGACAUAUGCAACUGUUAAGGGCGGGGGUCAUACAGCUCCAGAAUACAAGCCGGAACAAUGCCUAGCCAUGGUUGAUAGGUGGUUUUCCGGUUUCCCUCUAUAGUUUCACCGUUGCAAAAUAUUAAUGUAUUCAUUUGUUUCUCUUGACAUAAGUUGCAUCUUUGAAAUAGCAACGGUGCAACACCACCCUUUAUUAUGCUUAUGUUAUGUCUCUAAACAUCCAUACGUGUUUGUCCUGACAAAGUUAUAAGAAUGUACAACUUCCUAUGGACGAUGACCCGGUACAUUUGACAACAUCUUGCUAUGGGCACGCAAUGUCCUUGUAUAAACGUAAAGUUGUACCCAUUAGCCAUUUUCCA